AGAGGGGGAGAAAUAAAUACACAGUGCUUGUCCUUGGCCUUUCUGUGGGCAUACCAGUGUCAGCUGCACUUGUAAGGACCCAAAUGCCUCAUGACCCACUCCGCUACCUUCCUCUCUAGGAUCCCCAAGGCUGGGAGGCCAACUUACUAGCAGGGUGGGUAUGGUGUGUGGUUUCACUCAGCUCUUCUCAUGGGGUUCCUCUGAGCUCCAUUCAUACCAGAAAGGGAGCUGGAGAGAGAGGACAAGUGGAUCCAACAGCCUUCGCUCCAGGGGAAUCAGGGCAUCGCCUCCUUUUCUGGGAGGACACUCCCUUCUGAUGGUGAAUGGGAACUCCCUUCCUCCUGCAGCAGCCUGCCUGCAGCCGUCCUGGUAGAACAGUGUGGACGUUGCAGAAGCUGUCACUGCCCCAGAAAGAAAGCACCCCAGAGCCAAGGCAAAGAGUCUUGAAAGCGCCACAAGCAGCAGCUGCUGAGCCAUGGCUGAAGGGGAAAUCACCACGUUCACAGCCCUGACCGAGAAGUUUAAUCUGCCUCCAGGGAAUUACAAGAAGCCCAAACUUCUCUACUGUAGCAACGGGGGCCACUUCUUGAGGAUCCUUCCGGAUGGCACAGUGGAUGGGACAAGGGACAGGAGCGACCAGCACAUUCAGCUGCAGCUCAGUGCGGAAAGCGUGGGGGAGGUGUAUAUAAAGAGUACCGAGACUGGCCAGUACUUGGCCAUGGACACCGACGGGCUUUUAUACGGCUCACAGACACCAAAUGAGGAAUGUUUGUUCCUGGAAAGGCUGGAGGAGAACCAUUACAACACCUAUAUAUCCAAGAAGCAUGCAGAGAAGAAUUGGUUUGUUGGCCUCAAGAAGAAUGGAAGCUGCAAACGCGGUCCUCGGACUCACUAUGGCCAGAAAGCAAUCUUGUUUCUUCCCCUGCCAGUCUCUUCUGAUUAAAGAGAUCUGUUCUGGGUGUUGACCACUCCAGAGAAGCUUCGAGGGGUCCUCACCUGGUUGAACCAAAAAUGUUCCCUUGACCAUUGGCUGCGCUAACCCUUAGCCCACAGAGCCUGAAUUUGUAAGCAACUUGCUUCUAAAUGCCCAGUUCACUUCUUUGCAGAGCCCUUUACCCCUGCACAGUUUAGAGCAGAGGGACCAAAUUGCUUCUAGGGGUCAACUGGCUGGCCAGUCUGGGUCUGGGUUUGGAUCUCCCAUUGUCUCUUGCAGGCUGAGUCCCUCAAUGCAAAGGCGGGGCCAAAUGAAGUGUGUUAAGGGGUCUGCUGAGUCAUUAGUAACUGCACACUAUUUCCCUCUACUGAGUAAACCCUGUCUGUGAUUCCCCCAAACAUCUGGCAUGGCUCCCUUUUGUCCUUUCUAUGCCCUGCAAAUAUUAGCAAAGAAGCUUCAUGCCAGGUUAGGAAGGCAGCAUUCCAUGACCAGAAACAGGGACAAAGAAAUCCCCCCUUCAGAACAGAGGGAUUUAAAAUGGAAAAGAGAGAUUGGAUUUUUGGAUUGGAUAACUUAGAAGGAUGACAUCUCUAUGCAGAAUACAUGAAGAAAGGGAGACCCAGUCACAGGAAGGCAGAAUAAAUCCUUGGGAGUCAUUACCACGCCUUGACCUUCCCAGGGUUACUCAGCAGCAGAGAGCCCUGGGUGACUACAGGUGGAGAGCACUAGAAGUGGUUUAUUGGUAACAAGCAAGGACAUCAGAGCUGGGAAAUUCAUGUGGAUCUGGGGACUGAGUGUGGGAGUGAGGAGAAAGAAAGGGAAACUGUCUGAGGGGAUAUCAUAAAAAGAGGAUGAUUUCACAAGGAGAAGGAAAGAGAAAGUAAUGCCACACAUUGUGCUUGGCCCCUGGUAAGCAGAGGCUUUGGGGUCCUAGCCCAGUGCUUCUCCAACACUGGAGUGCUUGCAGAUCAUCUGGGGACCUGGUUUGAAGGGAGAUUCUGAUUCAGUGGGUUGGGGGCAGAGUUUCUGCAGUUCCAUCCAGCCCCCGGGUGCAGGUGCUGACGAUACUGCUGCCUUACCCGCCAUACGUAAAGGAGCAGGGUCCUGGUCCUAAAGAGCGUUAUUCAGCUGAAGGUGGUUCAACUCGCCGAACCUCACCUGACCUCAACUCACCCUUAAAAACGCACACCUCAUGAGUCUACCUGAGCAGUCAGGCAGCACCGACAGUAGUUAUACCUGUACUAAGGAACAUGAUUUUAAGAUGCUUUGGCCCAAUGCCUAUAAAAUGCCCCUUUCAAAGAUACACAAAAACAUACUUCAAAAAUGUUAAACCCUCACCAACAGCUUUCCCAAGAGACCGUUUGUAUUACCAUUACUUGUAUAAAUACGCUUCCUUCUUAAACUUGACCCAAGUGGCUAGCAAAUUAGAAACACCAUUCAUCUCUAACAUAUGAUACUGAUGCCAUGUAAAGGCCUUUAAUAAGCCAUUGAAAUUUACUGUGAGACUGUAUGUUUUAAUUACAUUUAAAAAUAUAUAGCUUGAAAGCAGUUAAACUGAUUAGUAUUCAGGCACUGAGAAUGAUAGUAAUAGGAUACAAUGUAUAAGCUACUCAAUUAUCUGAUACUUACAUUUACCUAUAAAAUGAGAUUUUUGUUUUCCACUGUGCUAUUACAAAUUUUCUUUUCAAAGUAGGAACUCUCAAAGUAGCAAUGAUAAUUGUGAAUAAAAAUUAUGAGAGUGUUAGCUCAUGUUUCAUAUGAAAUUGAAGUAAUUGUUAACUAAAAACAAUUCCUUAAUAACUGAACUGUCAUAUUUAGAAUGGAAGGAAAAUGACAAUUUGUUCAAAGCAUAGUGCAAUUGAAGAAUUGACCUAAGUAAGUUGACAUUAUGGUUAAUGAUAGUAUUUUAGAUUUGGGCAGCAAAAUGAUUUCAUAACAUUUUUGUUUUUGUUACUUGGAUAAGAUCAAUCUAUUUUAUUUUAGUAAAUCUUUGCAGGCAAGUUAGAGAAAAAGCAGUGUGGCUUAACGUCUCUUUAGUAUGAAGAUUUGACCAGAAAAAGAUACCCAGAGAGGAAAUCUAAGAUAAUUAUAAUGGUCCAUACUUUUUAUUGUAUGAAUCAAACUCAAGCAUAACAUUGGCCAAGGAAAAUUAAAUGCCAUUGCUAACAUGUGAAAUGGAAGUCUGUGAUUUCAGAGAUGCAAAGCAUUGUAGUAAAAACACCAAUGUGACCUCGACCACCUCAACCCAGAUACCAUUCAUAUAUCUGUUCAAUGACUAUUAAGUUGCUUACUUUGUGCUAGGCACUGUACUGGAUACUGGGGACCUUGUCUGUCUGGUUUGCUGCUGUAUCUUCUCCCAGGGCAUUAUAUUUAUGAUGAAAGAUGCUGUGGAUUCAAUUCUUUCAGUCAAGAAUAAACGCAGACUUUGUAGGUUCCUGCUGAAUAAACAGUAAAUCCCAGUAACCCAGAUUUUGGAAGAAUCAGCAACCCCCAGCAUAUAAAAUAAACCCCUAUCAAAAUGUCAGAGGACACGGCAAGGUAAACUUAGCAUUUUCAACUUUAGAACCGGGUCAGCUUCAGGGGGACUGCUUUCAAAUCAGUCAAAGAGCCUGUCAGAUCUAGAAGGAAGAGGUUGGUAGUUCCCUGCUCUGUUUUGAACAUGCUCUAGUUCAUUAACCUGGGGACGUUCCCAUUGCUGUCUUAAGUAAGUCUCAUAGCCAGCUCCUGUCAUGUGAAUUCAUUUUCGGGCCAGCUCUGAACAAAGCAUCAUGAACAUGUGUGUCUUUGGUUGUUUGCAAUGUGAUGGUGGUAGAGGUAGGUAUUGGUUUCCUUGGAAGGAAUGAUAAGAAAGAUUCCAAUGGCCAACAGUGUGUAUGAACAAAAAACUGAUUGGAGCAUCAGCUGUUACUGAAGGUCCUUGCUUUAUGUCAGAGGCAACGGAACCCAAGUCUCCAAGUCCUCAGCCUUGAGUGUACUGCUGACAACUAAACUCACAGGCUGCAAAGCAGACCUCUGAUGAAGAUGCCUGUCAUUUCAUAUCACUGUCUUUUUGUGUAUCAUAGUCUGCACCUUACAAAUAUUAAUAAAUGUUCCAAUAACAGGUGA